AUGCCUCGCGGAUCCGAAUACGCCAACGCUCCCGUCCAAAGCGACAACGCCAUUGAAGCUGGCGAAAACAAGGCCCACGGAACCUCUGGCAGCACUGGCCUCAACCGCGUCAACAAGGUCGCUGAAUUCCCCGAAGGCGCCAAGGGCACCGGUACCGCUAGCAACCCGCUCAGCGGCCAGGGCAGCGCCGGCCACGACGACGGAAAGGGUGGUCAUGAGCCCAAGACUCUUGGGGAGAACAAGGGACUUGGUGCUCACAAGGCAUGA